CUUCCUUCCUUCCUUCUCUCCUCUUGACUUUUCUUUGCUGUUACUCAUUCUCGCAACUUUAGGCACUGAUUUAGGACCCAAAACAGCGUGACAUACCAGUAUAGCACCACGCCAGUCUCUCACCGUAAUCACAGCAGUCAGACUCAAAGACGGCCCUUGUUGUUUGUCAUAUGUUUGCAAUUAAGGAAGUAAGUCAGAAAGGGAAGCCAUAGAACUUCUUGAUUGUAGUGUGAUGGCAGAAAGGAAAUUGAAUUUCAAUGCACCCCUUAUAUCUGUGAGGCGGUUUUCUGCAACAACAUCAUUUUCUAAGGGUGAGAAGGGGAAUAAAACUGCAAGUUCUGUUCUGGAUAGACGAUAUUCUCUCCCUAAUUGUAAGUCAGAUGUGAGUUUGGAUCAGGUGACAGAACCUGUUACAGUCCCUUUCAUGUGGGAGCAUAUCCCGGGGAAAGCCAAGGAUGGUGUGGAGCCUGCGUCUAAGCAUUCUGAGGGGGUUUCUGUUACUCCUAGAAUACCUCCAGGCAGGGCCCUGGAUGUCAUAAAGUAUCCACUGGAGAAGGAAUUUGAAAAUCAAAAUUUGGUUAGUUACCCUAUUGAAUCAUGUUCUUCCAAUGAUAAUGUGGCUAAAUUAGAAGCUUCAAAAGAGGCAACAGAUAAAAAAUGGGGCUUUGAAACAGAUAACGAUGAUGAUGUUUAUUCAGAUGCUCUUGAUACACUGUCUGCAACAGAUUCAUUAUCCUUGAAUUGCAGUAUAAGUGGUCUAAGUGAAUCAGGUGAUCCAGUUGUGGAGCCAUCAGGGACCUUCUCCACUGAUCCACAAACUCGUGAUUUCAUGAUGAGUCGUUUCUUGCCUGCUGCCAAGGCAAUGGCUUUGAAGCCUUCCCACUAUGCUUCAAAGAAGCAACCUCCACCAGUUGAACAACCAAGAGAGGCUAUGCAGGUGGUUUCUGUGGAUAGGAAGACUCCUGUGAAUCUGUAUGAAUCAAUUACCAUACCACAUUAUGACCAGGGACUAGAGGAAGAAGAAACUGAAUCUGAAGAUUAUGACUAUAAUUCUUCUGGCAGUGUGUCACGAAAAGGUUGUGGGUUGUUUCCUCGGUUGUGCUUUAAGAACUCUUUGUGCCUCUUAAAUCCAGUUCCUGGAUUUAAAGUUAGGACGCAUUCUUCCAUGUCUUCCUUAUCUCAGGUUGGAAAAGCAAGCAAGGCUGCUUACAUGGAGUCUCACAGCCAAACUGUCAAGAAGCAUGCUUGGGAUGCUGCUUACAAGAAAAAAUUAGAUAGUGGAGCUCAAUCCCCUAAGCUAUCAAUGAUUGGGAAUAAGCUGACUUCUGUCUCAAGUCUUACCAACUCAAGUCACAAGCAUAAAAAAUUAGAUAGUGGUGCUCCAUCCCCCCAGCGAUCAAUGAUUGGGAAUAAGCUGGCUUCUGCAUCAAGUCUUACCAAGUCAAGUCACAAGCAUCAAAAAUUAGAUAGUGGCGCUUCAUCCCCCAAGCGAUCAAUGAUUGGGAAUAAGCUGACUUCUGGAUCAAGUCUUACCAACCCAAGUCACCAGCAGCAAAAAUCAGAGAGUGGAGCUCAAUGUCCCAAGCUCCCCAAGACUGGGGGAAGUAAGGUGACUUCUGCAUCAAGUCAGUUUACUAACUCAACUGAUCAGCAGAUAUCAAGGAGUUCAUCCCCCUACACGGGUCGCAUUUCUCCCUACCGCAGGGAGAGACCACCAUCUCCCUUUCGUGGAGGGGGGUUUCUUGGUAUCCCUAAAGGAGUUGAGAAUUUCAAAGCUAAUAUGAUGAAUAAGCAUGACAGGAUCAGUAAUGAGCAACAGGAAUUGUCAUCUCACCAAAGUUUCAAACAAGGGUCAGAAUCUGCAAGCCCUGCAGUUGAGAAGACAUUGUAUGUGGAUACUGAGAACUUUGUUGAGCUACCAUCCUUUCGUUCAAAUUCCUCUGGUAUCAGGGGCCAAAUGGAAUACACCGGCAAGUCUUCUGAGGCUUCGUUAGGAAGCAGAGUUCUGGAAGAAACUGCAACUUCAGUAUCCUCAUUGGAAGAUAUAAAAUGCUUGACUAUUUCUGAGGAAAUUAAAAUAUCAAAACAUAACCGUGGACCUACAGAUAACAGGCGUUCAUCUUUUUCUGACAUGCCAAAUUUUGGACGUCAGGUGAAAAUGAUUAGAUGCUUUAACCAGGAUGGAGGACUUGAUCAAGAAUCUAAGUCCUUGGAGUGUAUAAAAGUUGGCAUGUAUGAGAACCUCAAUUUUAGCAGUGACAAUGGUUUAAAAGCAGAUGAUCAAGGAGUAUGUACCCCACCUUUACCAAAAACACCUUCCGAGUCUUGGCUUGGGCGUACCUUGCCUUCAGUUGGCUUGCAAAAUCCAUUUAAGCGGACUUAUACUGGCACUCAGUUUCAUCCAAAAAAGGAGGAACCCAAAGCUGCUUCUACUAAUGACAAGUGGGAAACAAUUGUUAAGACUUCUCACUUGCAUCAUGAUCAUGUACGCUACUCUGAGGAAUUAGUCACUCAUGUUUAUCAGCAACCCAGAACUUAGAAAUGCGGAGAACCGACGCCCUUAAACUCUAUUGGUUCAGUAUGGUGGUAAAUUCUGGUUAAAGAUCUUAUAUCCUAUCUUUUCUUUUCUGCUGAGCUUGUCCUCGCAUUUUUGUGUCUGCUUGUAUUAGGCAAGUGGAUUCCGGUGUGCUUUGAUUCUUGCUGUUGCAGAGCUUGCAUUUUCUUUUGAUCAGUGUUGGCUGAGGCAAUGAUCAUUAAAGAUCAAGUCAAAUUGAAAGUACUGUAUUUUGAACUUCAAUUCGAUCAAAUUCCUUGUGGCGUUCGUUUGUCUUGCCCAGGAAUAAAACAUUCUAUUCUUAUGUACAUAAUUACUCUCCCUUCAAGAAUACUACUUCAUUGUGAAUUGUCAGAUGAUAAGCUUUGCAUAAAGUUUAGAACUUUAG